CCGGGCGCCGGCGGCGCGGAUCAGGUUGUGUGUGUUUCCGGGGGAAGGUUUAGUCUGUGGCGGCUCGGGGGCUCUUUCCUGUAUGAAUUCCUUCAGAAUCCUGGAUUUGCUGUUUAUAAAUUAUGAACACGAUGAUUAUGAAACAUCAGCUAGAACUGUUCCCAGGAUCCACUGCAAUUCUUCUGUUGUUUAAAGAUGUUAAGAACGCUGCUGAACUUCGAAAGAAAGCAAUAGAAGGAACGAUAGGUGGAGCAUUAAUAAAUGCAACUAUGGUAGUUGACCCAUUUCAGAUACUUGUGGCAACCAACAAAGCAAUUCAUUUACACAAACUGGACAAGAAGAAGACAAGAAGUCUUUAUUCCGAAAUUAUAUUUAAUCUUUCACCAGGGAAUAAUAUUUCAGAUGCCUUCAGAAAGUUUGGAAUUUCUGACGAUGACUCUGCUCUCCUCAUAAUUCUGGUGGAGGAUGGAAGAAACAAAACUAAUUUAGAAGAAAUUAUAAAUCAGGUUAAGGGACAACAAGUCUCUGUUCAGGAUAUCUCAACAAUGACAGAUGUGGCCAAAGUUAAAAAGUUGUACAAAGUGUCUCCAGCAGAGGAAAACAUUGGAACAUUAUUGGAUGCAAUCAUUUGUCGGAUGUCAGUGAAAGAUGUUCUUUGAAUGAAGAAAAACCCAAUGAUCAAGAAAGCAGUUUAUAUGGACUGAUAGUUUGUUUAUAUACAAGCAAGAUAGCAUGUGUAAACAGGAAAACUUGUCUUCCACUUUUGUCUGCUCGAUGAGCAUUUUUCUUCGCAUAUUUAUGUAUUAACACUGUCAGUUGCAAAGAAUUUUAAGCAGUUGUAAAAGUACGAGUGUUUGUAAAUAAAUCUGUAAAAAAACAAAA